AUAAGAACGGUAUGUUUUAAAUUUUUAACGCGGAUCCAGGCGUUUCCUACUUGCGGUGGCGUAGUUGCAGAACGCGACUGUUAUGUUUUAUGCCAUUGCGAAGAAUGCUGACUCACUAGAAGUAUAGAUUGCUGCAAUAUAUAGGACGCGCACUUAGGAAUGCUGAGGGGUGGGCCCUCCGGGGCCCGAAAUGCGCCCAGCCUCGAGCAAAUUAACGCUGAGGUCUUUACCUUGACCUAUGGUUCGAUCGUCCGCCAGCUUAUAUCCGACUUUGAGGACAUCGAGGAGGUCAACAAACAGUUAGAGCAGAUGGGCUACAACAUAGGCAUCCGACUGGUGGAUGAGUUCCUUGCGAAGGCCAAGAUUACCCGCUGCUCCUCAUUUCGGGACACCGCGGACGUGGUGGCCAAGCAGGCGCUGCCCAUGUUCCUCAACGUCAGCGCCAAUGUCGCCAACUGGAGCCCCGACCAGACGGAAUGCAGCCUGAUCCUGACUGACAACCCGCUGGCCGACUUUGUGGAGCUGCCCGAGGAGUACCGCGAGCUGCGCUACUGCAACGUGCUGGCGGGGGUGGUGCGGGGGGCGCUGGAGAUGGUGAACAUGGAGGUGGAGUGCCGCUGGGUGAGUGACAUGCUCAAGGGGGACGACUGCUACGAGCUGCGGCUGAAGCUCAAGGAGCACCGGGACGAGAAGUUCCCGUUCAAGGAUGACGACUAGAAGGGGGCAUGCAUGCAUGCAGGGCGGGGCGGGGCGGGGGAAAAGUAACUGAGAAGUGAAGCAGCAAGUUGCGGGGGGAGGGGGGGUAAGAGGAGGAGGGAGCAUCAGCGAUGUGGCAAGGCUCUGUCAUGAUGGGAUGCAUCAUGGUUGCCGAGCUGCUUGCGUGCAUGCGGGGGGCGGGCUGAGGCGUGGAGGGGUGUAAAGAGGAAACAACUAACUGACUGGCGUGGGGGGGCUGUGUGGCACAUGUAUGGAGGCUAAGCGUCGUGGAUGGUGUCCAGCAAAAUACAGGGCGCGGCUACUUUGGGGUUGUGUAGCGAGUAAGGGAUCACCAUGGAAGGGAUUCGCUGAGGGUAGGGUUUCCCCUAGUCCUUAAGUGGAUAGGGCCUAAGGUGCCUUGGUACAGCAAAAGCAGCACAGCACUAGCAAGCUGCAGGUGUAGGAGGUGAAGGUGUAUUGCUUGUCCGGUGAAGCAAGCAAUAAACUGCCGGUAGGUGGUGGCAGCAGGUCCUGCUCCCCUGCGUGUGCUGCGCCUCCUUUCCUGUGCCAGCAGCAGCAGCAGAGCUGCAGUUGGGCAGCAGCGGCGGCGGGAGGUCAGGGUGCAGCCUGUAUGUGUGGUUGGGCUGGCUGCCUCGAGCAGAGGGCAGUGGUGGAUGCUGCAGGUAUCGUAACCGGUUCGCGUUGUAACCGAGCUUAAGA